AUUAAUGAAGCCGGCAGCCAAAGAGGUAAAAUUAAGCAAAAAAUAAUGGCCUCAAAUCUUGCAGUGCUCGAUGCACUAGACAGAGCCCGCACCCAGUGGUACCAUAUCACUGCCAUUAUUAUUGCUGGAAUGGGCUUUUUCACUGAUGCAUACGAUCUCUUCUGCAUCUCCUCCGUCUCCAAACUAUUAGGCCGCCUUUACUACUUCGACCCGACCACGGGAAAGCCCGGCAAGCUCCCUACAAGCGUUAACAAUAUGGUGCUUGGUGUGGCCCUUGUUGGGACCUUAAGUGGGCAGCUAGUUUUUGGGUGGCUUGGAGACAAGCUAGGUCGGAAAAAGGUAUAUGGGAUCACCCUAAUUCUCAUGGUCGCUUGUGCCAUUUUUUCCGGUUUGUCCUUUGGAUCCACUGCGAAAUCUGUGAUAGGUUGUCUUUGUUUCUUCAGAUUUUGGCUAGGAUUUGGCAUAGGUGGUGAUUACCCUCUCUCUGCAACCAUCAUGUGCGAGUAUGCGAAUAAGAGAACUCGUGGGGCUUUUAUAGCAGCGGUUUUUGCCAUGCAAGGUGUUGGGAUUAUUUUUGCUGGUCUGGUUUCAAUGAUUGUUUCUAAAAUCUUCUUGAGUAGGUUUCCUGCUCCGCCAUUCCAUGCAGCGCCAAUCCUCUCUACGCAGCCCCAAGCAGAUUUUAUUUGGCGAAUCGUGCUAAUGGUCGGUGCAUUUCCUGCGGCUUUAACAUACUACUGGCGAAUGAAGAUGCCUGAAACUGGUCGUUACACGGCUCUUGUCCAAGGGAAUGCCAAACAAGCUGCUAUGGACAUGGGACGAGUUCUUGAAAUUGAAAUCGAAGAAGAACAGGGCAAGGUAACGCAGUUUAAGGCUGCCAAUGAUUACCCGUUUCUCUCUAAUGAGUUCUACAAGCGUCAUGGAGUUCAUUUGAUCGGCACAAUGAGCACAUGGUUCCUGCUUGACAUAGCUUUUUACAGCCAAAGCUUAACUCAAAAAGAUGUAUACCCAGCGAUGGGAUUAAUAAAAAAGGAUGAUGAAGUUAAUGCUAUAGAGGAAGUCUAUGAAACAUCUCGUGCGAUGUUCAUCGUUGCAUUGUUUGGCAACUUUCCAGGGUACUGGUUCACAGUGGCUUUCAUUGAAAAGCUCGGCCGGUUCACUAUCCAGUUACUUGGAUUCUUCGUGAUGUCGGUGUUCAUGUUAGUUUUGGGCAUCCAAUACGAAAACCUUAAAGAUCAAAAGGGGGUAUUUGCACUUCUAUAUGGGCUAACGUUCUUCUUUGCAAACUUUGGCCCCAAUACCACCACUUUCGUUUUUCCGGCUGAAUUAUUUCCGACGAGAGUGAGGUCCACGUGUCACGCAUUUAGUGCCGCAGCAGGGAAAGCUGGAGCCAUGAUUGGGACAUUUGUAGUUCAAUCGUAUACUUCGGAUGAAAAUGUAUCGAAAAUAAAGCAUGCUUUGAUGGUUUUGGCCUUCACCAACAUGCUAGGAUUUUGCGCCACAUUCUUACUUCCUGAAACCAAAGGACGGUCAUUGGAGGAUAUUUCUGGUGAGGAUGGCGGCCAAAAUCAGAGAUAUAAGGCCGCUAAACCUUCCGUGUGAAAUUUCAGGGUAGCUAUAAUUGGUUACACAUAGAAACAUGUGACAAGUUCAAAUAAACGAGUACAUGCAUUUCAUAUAAAUGAGAUUGCCGAACUUGUGAUUUUGAAAUUUAAACAUAAUUAUGCCACAAAUUGG